AUGAAGUUCAGCGCCUCUCUGCGCCUGGAGGCGAUUCCCCACCUCAUAGGAAUAACUGCCGCGCUGCAGAGGUUGGCUAAGGGGGGACCUGCUGGCAGCUGCUGUUUGAAAUUAACUCCCAAAAAGCUUUACCUAAACACUCGCCAGUCUUCUUGCGAGCUUUAUGCAGAGCUCAACAUGGCGGACGUCUUCAGCGUGGGCUGGCUUUUAGAAAGCAAAAGAAAUAAUUCUGUGGCUCUUCAAAUAGACCCUAAGCAGCUGCACGGGACUCUGAAGUUGGCCCAGAGCUGCCGCCGCAUUUCUGUGAAACUCGCAAAGCGAAUGGGGCAGGGCGCGCUGGUGUUUGAGUUUACGGACCUUCAGCUGGCCAACGUGUGGAUCACGCAGGAAGCGAGGAAGUAA